AUGGCUAAGGAGCGGGGCGACAAGCCUCGCAAAGAGGUCGAGAAGUCCGAGGUGAAGGUCUCCACGGACAAGGUCAAGAAGCACAAGAAAGAGAAGAAAGACAAGAAGGAGAAGAAGGAGAAGAAGCGUGCGACGACCCCGGACAGCUCAGAUGAGGCUGCGGGAGGUGCGCCUAUGGAGGCCGAAGCUGCGGAGGAUACCUCCAUGGUAGAUCCUGCCGUCGAAGUCGAGUCGGACAAGGAGGAGGAGGAGAAGCCUAGCAAGAAGGAAAAGAAGGAAAAGAAAGACAAGAAAGAGAAGAAGUCCAAGAAAAAGAGCAAGACCGAGGCAAUUGAAGAUGCGGUAAACGAGAGCGCGGAACUGGCUGUCGAAGCUGCGUCGGCGGCCGCUGUGAAGGGCGAGGGCGACAAGCAGGAGGAGGUGCCGCUCUUCUCGAUCGACACGAACCCCACACCGGUCGACCUCGAGGCCAUCAAGGCCGAGUCGGAGCCCGACGAGGACGAGGGCGGAGCGGUCCUGCCGAAGGGACAGCGGAAGCCCAAGCAGUCGCUGCCGCCGAGCGGACUCAACCGCAUGGCGCGCCGGCGCAUCAAGCUGAUCGAGCGGCAGCGCGAGGCGAUCCAGAAGAAGCUCGAGGUGCCCGUGGGCUCGAACGAGAAGGCCGACGAGGUCAAGGAGCUGCUGGAUAAGUGGACGGCGACGUUGGAUGAUAAGAACGCCAUCCGCAUGGAGAAGAAGCGCCUGCGCAAGGAGAAGGAGGCCGCGAGGCUCAAGAACAAGCGCGGCAAGGUGCUCACCGGCCGCAAGCUUAAGGACCGCCAGAAGCAGCUGACCAAAAUGGACAAGAAGGCUACCAAGAAGGCGGGUCGGAUUUCCGAGUAA